UUGUUUUGCUUUCGAUCUGGACUGUUCUCAGGCAAGCCGGGCAGUAACUUUUAGUUUUGCUCCUGCGAUUAUUCAACUGACGGGCUUUCAUUUCCAUUUCACACACCCUAACAACACUUAGACCUUGCGGAAUUGCAUUGGUAGCGUGAAAAAGCACACUGAGAGGGGGGCACCAUGCCGGUGGAAAGGAUGCGCAUGCGCCCAUGGCUGGAGGAACAGAUAAACUCCAACACGAUACCAGGGCUGAAGUGGCUGAACAAGGAGAAGAAGAUCUUUCAGAUCCCCUGGAUGCAUGCAGCCAGACACGGGUGGGAUGUGGAAAAAGAUGCACCGCUCUUUAGAAACUGGGCAAUCCAUACAGGAAAGCAUCAACCAGGAGUGGAUAAACCUGAUCCAAAAACAUGGAAGGCGAAUUUUCGGUGUGCCAUGAACUCCUUGCCUGAUAUUGAGGAAGUCAAGGAUAAAAGUAUAAAGAAAGGAAAUAACGCCUUCAGAGUAUACCGGAUGUUGCCCUUAUCUGAGCGGCCUUCUAAAAAAGGAAAGAAACCAAAGACAGAAAAAGAAGACAGAGUUAAGCACAUCAAGCAAGAACCAGUUGAGUCAUCUUUGGGGCUUAGUAAUGGAAUAAGUGAUCUUUCUCCUGAGUACGCGGUCCUGACUUCAGCUAUAAAAAAUGAAGUGGAUAGUACGGUGAACAUCAUAGUCGUAGGACAGUCACACCUGGACAGCAACAUUGAGGAUCAAGAGAUCGUCACCAACCCCCCAGAUAUUUGCCAAGUGGUGGAGGUGACCACCGAGAGCGAUGAACAGCCGGUCAGCAUGAGUGAGCUGUACCCUCUGCAGAUUUCCCCCGUGUCUUCCUACGCAGAAAGCGAAACUACGGACAGUGUGCCCAGUGAUGAAGAGAGCGCCGAGGGGCGGCCACCCUGGCGGAAGAGGAACAUCGAAGGCAAGCGGUACCUCAGCAACAUGGGGACCCGCAGCGCCUACCUGUUGCCCAGCAUGGCGACCUUCGUGACGUCCAGCAAGCCUGAUCUCCAGGUCACCAUCAAAGAAGAGAACUAUCCGAUGCCUUUCAGCAGCUCCUGGCCCCCCUUCCCGGACCAUCCCCUCACGUCCUCUGUGACCCCGGCCCCCAGCAGCAGCCGGCCGGACCGGGAGACCCGGGCCAGCGUCAUCAAGAAAACGUCCGACAUCGCCCAGGCCCGCGUCAAGAGCUGUUAAGCCUUUGACCUCCCC